GGGCACCGCCUCUCCCCGCCCUCAGCCGCCGCGGCGGCGCUGGCUUUGUACCGCUGGCCGGACACCACGCUGCCUGCUGCUUCCCUGCCCGCCCGUCUCCGGUAGCGGCCGCGAGGCCAGGAGCCGCUUCUGAUCGGAGAGGCGGGUCAGCCCGCCCCUGCCCGUUCCGCUGAGAGGCUUCCCCGCCUCUUGUCCCGCCGCGGACUGCUUGCCGGCCCUACCCCCGAGCAGUCUGUCAGCCCUCCUGGGUUGCUGUCCUUCCGCGUGAUCUCCGCGUUCCCGAGUCGCCGGCUGUGUCUUCCCCUUCGUGCCGCCCAAGCCCUUCCCGGGCGCCGGGCAUGGCGCUGUUGACAGCGCUCGUACGCAUCUGAGGUGGCGGGAGCGGCGAAGACGAGUGAAAUGAGGCGUCUGCAGCCCGGGGCCGCGCUGCUGCUGUCACUGCUAUGGGAGCUUCUGGUAUGCUGGGCUGCGAGUGGGCGUCUGAUGCUGAACUCAUGGAUGGAAGUGCAGAACUGAGCUGCUCAAGUCACAGACUUCGUCAGGACACUGCAUAUAGCAUGGUGUGUACAGAGGCCAAAAAGCAUUGCUGGUACUUUGAAGGGUUAUAUCCUACCUAUUAUAUAUGUCGCUCCUAUGAGGACUGCUGUGGUUCAAGAUGCUGUGUAAGAGCCCUCUCUAUCCAGCGACUAUGGUAUUUUUGGUUCCUCUUGAUGAUGGGAGUUUUGUUCUGUUGUGGAGCUGGUUUCUUUAUCCGAAGACGGAUGUACCCUCCUCCACUUGUAGAAGAACCUACUUUUAAUGUGUCUUAUACCAGACAACCAGUCAACACUGCAUCAGGAUCACAACAAUCUGGAGUGCCAUACUACACAGACCCAGGCGGACCUGUGAUGAAUCCCAUGGCAAUGGCUUUCCAUGUCCAGCCGAAUUCCCCACAAGGGAACCCAGUUUACCCUCCUCCACCUUCCUACUGCAACACACCUCCUCCUCCGUAUGAGCAGGUGGUGAAAUCCUCCACGUGAGGACUCUGUGUCUCUCUGACCUGACUCUGGGAGAGGAAGGUGCCAUUGCAAAACAAUCAGGAUGGUGGGCAUCUGCCCCUUUGAAUACUUGCUAGUUUUCUAUGUCCUCCCUCUCACCCUACCCUGCACCUUUCCUCAUUAAAUUUAAUUGCAAAGGGGUGAUUUUUUUUCCUUUUUUUUUUUUUUUUUUUUUUUUUAAAGUAGAAGUGGGUUUUGUUGCAUACAGAUGAUAAAGAGGGGGGAGAUGUUGCAUAUUGGGUAGGUGGUGCCUGCGUGCACCUGGGGUGGAGUCAGGGAAGUCACGAGGGUAUGCCAGGGGCGGUCACCUGUACCACUAUAUAGGGUUUGUUGCGAGGCAUUAAACUUGUACUUUCGGCAUUA